AUGGCGACCAAGAGCCACCCAAACCUGGUGAGGCUGCUGGGGUACUGCUUUGACAUGAGCUACGAGGCGGAGCGAAUGGAGCAGAUCGUGGUCUAUGAGUUCAUGGCCAACGGCGACCUCGACCGCUGGAUCGGAGCCGGCGCACCUCAUCCGCUCACAAUGCAGCAGCGGCUGAGCAUCCUGACAGGCAUGGCGCGCGGGCUGGAGUAUCUGCACGGCUUCAGCAUCGUGCAUCGCGACAUCAAGCCCGCCAACGUGCUGCUGGACGCGCGCAUGCACGCCAAGCUCGCUGACUUUGGGCUGGUGCGACUUGGGGAAGGUACAUCUGUGGCCGCCACGCGCGUCAUGGGCACGCCGGGCUGA